AAGUUGUUAACCAGUCGAUGACACGUCCAUGUUGUUUGUUGUGAUAAUCGUAACUAAAUAAUUUUAACGUUUCUAUUUAGUUAAUGUCUUGACAUUCAAAAUGAUGCGAAGAAAUGGUGGCAUGGCUAAAGUAGUCGUCUGUAUAGUUGCGUUUUUUGGUCUCGUUUAUUUUAUUUAUUUGUACAACGACUUGUCCGGGCAGUUGAAAAACACGGAACGUUCUGCAGAAAGGUACAGAAGAGAACAAGAAUCGGUUUCGGCCCAGUUACAAGACCAGAUUAUUGCAAAAGAUGAGCUGAAACAGAGAUGUGAUAAUGAAAAAGAACAGAUGACAAACAGACUAAACUCACAGCAACAGCAAUAUAAAAUGCUAAAGAGUCAGCAUGAAGACAUGGAGACAGAGUUUGGUCGUUUACAAAAUGAGAAGGAAAAAGAGAAUGAGGAACACAAGAAACAGGACGAGGAACGUGCAAUAGAAUAUAACCAGUUUAAACAGGAAAAAUCCCUCGAAAUAGCUAGUCUUAAAGAUGAUAAAGCACAUUUGCCAGUUCUCAAUGCAGGGAGAGUGUAA